UCCAAAAAAAAAAUGAAUAACCAACAAAAUUGGAAUUGCAAAUAUUCUUGCAAGAAAUUCCAUAAAAACAUUUCCUUCAACAAACAGUUUGUGUUGUGUCCACAAAGGUGACGGUUAACUUUAACUCCUGCAACCAAAUUGCAAUGCUAACAUUGCACACAUAUUACCCAUACUAAAAGAUUCUUCUUCAAAUGACUGCCUACUCUUGGGGGGCCAACUCCCACGGUCAACUUGGCCUUGGUAUCGAGUCUGAACUAUGUGCUACCCCACAACUCGUCUCAAGGCUAUCAUUCAAUGUCAAUGCCGUACGAGCAAUUCGUGGUGGUGGCGGACAUGUCCUUGUCCUAGAUCACAGCAAUCGCUUGCAUUCCUGUGGAUGGAAUAAUCGUGGUCAAUUGGGCAUUGACAAUACCGAAGACAAUCAAAGUCACUUCACUGCAAUACCAAGUGAAUUCUUUAAAGAUUGUCCAAUUGAAUCAUUUGCUUGUGGUUGGGAUCUAUCGGCGGCCAUAACUACCGAUGGGUCUUUGUAUGUUUGGGGUUCGAAUGCUUUUCAGCAAUUGGGUGUUUGCCAACGGGGUUUCACUGCAGUUCGACGACCAUUGUCGUUGCAAUUGCCUCGAGGUGAGGUUCCUCGGCAAGUCACAUUCGGUUUGAGGCAUUGUAGUGUCCUUACACAAGACAAUCGAAUUUACAUAUUCGGUCGUUUGCGUAUAACCGAUCCACAUGAGAGUUUGAAAAUCACCCAAGUCGCAUUUAAUCGGAUGGAGGAUAUUAUCCGAGUACAAUGUGACUUUAAAAUCGAUGCUAUCGUUGGUGGACAGAAUCAUUUGUUAAUUCUGUGCGAAAAUAGGAGACGGGUUCUUGGAUUGGGUGAUAAUAAAUUUGGUCAAGCUAAUUGUUUUGAAUUUGAAGAAGAUGUUAAGCAAUUAGUUGCCGGAUGGACACAUAAUGGAGUUCUUACUAAGGAAAAAAAAGUACUCCUUUGGGGAAGGAAUUGCUAUGGGCAAUUGGGUAGAGCAGCUUGUGAUGCAAUUCGGACGCCAAUCGAAUUAAGUCUUCCAGAUGGAGUUGUUCCGAGAAAGUUACAUUUGGGUUCAGAGCAUGGUUUGGUUUGCUCAACUGAUGGACAAGUUUAUACCUGGGGUUGGAAUGAGCAUGGCAAUUGUGGAAAUGGAUCAUCAGACAAUAUAUUCAGUCCCACUCUUGUGCCGUUGAAGUCUCCAUGUAAAAUUGCAGGUACUGGAGCUGGAUUCUGCUAUGCUAUUUGCUCUGAUGAAUAGAUUUUUUGUUGAUUAUGAUUAGUGAAGGGGCCAAUUUUUUUAGUACUGCCACUGAAGUCGGUUGCAUGUCCCAAAUGCUUUAAAUGUUGUGUGUUAAUUUUACGCUUGAAUAAAUGUUUUUUUUUU